AUGGAACCUCAACCGAGUCAGCAUCCUCGUAUUAAAGACUUGUUAUCAGCAAAUAGUUCUCCUGUGGUGGAAUCACCAUCUGCGGAAUCUAUUGAUGCAGGUGAUAAAAAUAAGAAGAGGACGAACCUUGCAUGCACAAAUUGUCGUCAGAGGCAUCUAAAGUGUGACGGGGGUGGUAAUCCAUGCUCAAGGUGCAUACGGCUCAAAUCAGACUGUAUUUAUCUAGAGGCUGAUAAGAAAAUUGUCAUUAGUGUAAAAUAUUUGGAUAAACUUCAAAGUAUGAUAUCUAAGCUAAAGGUGGAGAAUGCCAAUUUAAGAUCAUUGAAUAGAAUAACAGAUACUAAGGACGAAAAUUCGAAUAUACAACACCUUAGUAAUUUCAAAGGAGAGGCCUUAAAUAUUGGGAGUGAAGCUAUUUCUCAAUCUUCUGAGAAAUCACCAAACUCAAACAAGCGUCCUUACCCUGAAGCGGAAGAAUCACAAAAGGAAAGUGAUAAAAGGAGUACCGAAAUAAUUCCUCCCUAUCUUGAAUCAUACGGACGGCUUAUCCAUUCGAGAACAGGCGAACGUUUCUAUGUUGGAUCCUCUUCGAUGACUUUAUUUGGAUUGGAAAUCAAUAGGUUAGUUGCACCAAUUAUUGAACAAAAAGAAGCCUCUGGAUCUCCCGAAUCUGUAACUUCCCACAAUGGAAAGAAUGAGACCAUUUUAGAGAAGGAAGGGAAUGCCUAUCGAAUUAUGCUAGGUAAAACACAUUCUAGGCCUGGGAUGGACGUUAAUUUUACAUUACCGAGUUACAGUUAUGCCAUGCUCUUGGUUGACUCUUUCAUUUCAUAUAAUGAUGGCUGCUUUUACUUUUUUAAUGAGGGAUUGGUCAAGGAAAACCUUAGAAGAAUUUACCAUGAUGAUGAAAAAAGAGGAUUCAAGCUUGAUUAUGGUAUCGAAUCUCUCAAUAAUGCACCCGAUAAUGAUCCAACUUUGGAAACGAUUUGGUUUUGCAAAUUGCUAUUGAUAUUUGCAGUUGGUGAAAUGUACCUUGGUACAGCUAAUUAUCUUAAUGGAUAUAAAAUUAAUGAUAAGAAUAAACUCAAAAAACAGAAGAUGUCUCGAAAAAGCUCGUCAGUCAAUUCAUCCAAUGAAGAUACAUCAAAGCGGAAGAAACAGAAAUAUCACCACGACGCAACAAAGCUACCCGGAUCUGGAUUUUUCAAUCAGGCAAGCGAUUUGUUUACUGGGUUGUUUGCAAGUGGAUCGAUUGAUAAUUGUACCAGGGAAGGUGGCGUUGAAGUGUUGCUAUUGUAUGCUUUCUAUUUACAGGUUGCAGAUUGUACAGCAGCUUCAUACUUUUAUUUUGGGAUUGCAUUGCGUGCCUCUUUGUUGAUGGGCUUACAUGUUGAUGUUGGUAAAGAUACGUUGAAUCGCUUUGAGUUAGAACACCGAAGAAGAUUAUGGUGGACGGUUUAUAUGUAUGAACGGAUGUUAGCGUCAAAGGCUGGCCUACCAUUAUCACUAACUGAUGAGGAUAUUUCUUCAGAGCUUCCGAAUGAUUUUGACAUGUCGAAUCCAGGACCAGGUUGUGAAAACUAUAUAUUUCCAGAGGCCGAGUUUAUCAGCAACUGUGUCAAGAUCACCAAGGUGAAUGCCACAAUUUUAAGAAAAUUAUACACUAGACAUCCAUCUUCGAAUAUCUUGCCAAUUGUUCAUGAAUUGGUAGUUUCAUUGCUCAAGUGGAAAAAGUCCCUGCCUCGGGAUAUUAAUUGUGAUUUUUCCAAGGACAAUAUUGAAAUCUCAAGAUUAAUUGCAAACAUGAUGACUGAAUAUUUCCAAGGUAUUAAUCUAGCAGUACGGCCCCUUCUUCUCCAUUUUGUCUUGGUGAAUUUGAAGUCUUCUAAUCCAAAAGAAGGAAAAUAUCUUGAUCUUUCGAAAUACUCAUCUAUCAUUUUAGCGCUAUUAAAUGCCUCUUUCCAAGCAUCAAUCAAUACUAUUAGAUCGCUAUGGGCUUUAGUUCCUGAAAAUAUGGUUGCUUUAUUUGGGUAUAUGGACCGAGAAUAUUUAUUCAAUGCGACAGCAACACUUGUUUUGUUCAAUGCUACCUUUGGGGUGUUUGAAGCUACCAACGAGCACUUGGAUCACGCUCUCACCUUGUUUACCAAGAUGAGAAACCUAGGGAAUCAUCCUGCAACAUUGCGGAGAGAGCAAAUUCUUAGGCUUCUGUCUAUUUUAGAUUUCAAUGGAGCGAUGUCUACAUUGAUAGCUAAACAUGAUGACAAUAAACGUCCUCCAUCGUCAAUGCUAAACAGCGAUACUUCCUUUGGACAUAAUGUCUCCAGAUCAACACAAUCGAAUAUGGGGAAUCCCGAGUCUUUUCUUAAUACAACAAAUGAGCCAAUGAGAGCAAAAACGGUUUCUGAUAUACUAACUGCUUUCCAGAUGCCGAGAUCACAAUUUCAGAAACCCCAAGCUCAACCUGAAGUGCAAACCCCAACCCCAACACAAUCACAAACACAAACACAAACACAUUCCGAUAUGAACAAUGAAAUCAUCAAGAGAAGAAUAAUCCAACACCAAGGCAUACAUAUACCAGAGUCAGCAAACCUUGAACCGCAUUCAUUAGAUAACAUAAACCCACCAAACCUAGCUCCAUUUUCGCCUAACUUGGCAUCGUUAUUUAACCAUAUUGAUGAUGUCAUGGAAAUCGAACAACUAUCUUCUAACGGCAACGAUCUUGAGCUUUGGAAAGAUAUCACCACUAAGGCGGCAUGGCUACAGAAUGACAUGGUAAGUGAAAUAGACCAUAUUUUUGAUACCAACCAUGAUGGUCUAGAAAAUAAUGAUAAUCUAUGA